UUCAUGGUGUAGAGACCCCACCCAUCUCUCUUCUAUCUCCAUUUCAAUGGAAGCAAGGGGACGUGUCCAUUUCUCUCUCUCUCUAUCUAUCUCACUCUACAGCGUCACAUGAACAGUGACUGUUUCUCUCCCUCUUCCCUUUGCUUAAUCCUUCCGUAGAAACGGUGUAUCUCGUGAUCUCUUCAAUCGCUCAACUCUAAGGUCCACUCUUUGAUGGCAAUAUUGAUCACUAGAGGCUAGAGCCAAGGAGGAAACAAUUGGUUUCUAAAAAACUGAAUCAAAGAUCAAAGCUUUGCUCUGCUUAGUUCCCACCAAUGGCCUCCAAGACUCCAGAAGGAUCACUCACCAGUUCCACUAACACUAUCUCAGCCAACACUUUAGCAGAUCAAGUAUCUUCCACUCUGUCCUUAGCCGAUCCAAGUACCGACAGCAAAACCGCUAAUAAUAAUAACAACAAGACCAGCGAGCAAGGCGAGAGCGGGAAGAGCAGCACAUGUAGACCGAGCACGAGCAGCGACAUAAGCGACGAGAGCACUUGCAGCAGCUUCAGCAGCAGCAUCAACAAACCACACAAGGCCAACGACGUUAGAUGGGAAGCCAUCCAAGCCGUUAGAACCAAACACGGCGGUUUGGGUUUGAACCAUUUCAGGCUAUUGAAGAGGUUAGGAUGUGGGGACAUAGGAACGGUUCAUCUCGCGGAGUUGAACGGGACGAGGUGUUACUUCGCCAUGAAGGUUAUGGACAAAACCGCUUUGGCUAGCAGGAAGAAGCUUCUCAGAGCUCAGACCGAGAGGGAGAUACUGCAGUGUCUUGACCACCCGUUUCUUCCCACGUUGUAUAGUCAUUUCGAGACUGAGAAGUUCUCUUGUUUGGUUAUGGAGUUUUGUCCUGGUGGUGACUUGCAUACGCUCAGACAGAGACAGCCAGGGAAACGUUUCACCGAGCAAGCAGCUAAGUUCUAUGUAGCGGAGGUGCUUCUUGCAAUGGAGUAUCUACACAUGCUUGGGAUCAUUUACCGUGAUCUGAAGCCAGAGAACGUUCUUGUGAGAGAUGAUGGACACGUGAUGCUUUCGGAUUUCGAUCUCUCCUUGAGAUGUACCGUUAGCCUCUCUAUAGUCAGAUCAUCAACCAAUCUCGGAUCCGAAGGCUUGUCAAAGAGUUCGGUUUCUUGCUCGCAGCAGCCAUCUUGCAUACAGCAGCCUUCUUGCAUCUCGAUGGCUCCCACGUCCUGCUUCGGUCCUCGGUUCUUCUCUAAAUCCAAGAAAGACAAGAAACCGAAAACAGACAACGGUAACCACCAAGUGACUCCCUUACCAGAGCUCGUUGCUGAGACAAGCGCCCGUUCCAUGUCGUUUGUGGGGACACACGAGUACUUGGCUCCGGAGAUCAUCAAAGGUGAAGGACACGGAAGCGCGGUUGAUUGGUGGACUUUUGGGAUCUUUCUUUACGAGCUGUUGUUUGGUAAAACGCCGUUCAAAGGGUCUGGAAACAGAGCGACGCUCUUCAAUGUGGUUGGUCAGCCUUUGAGGUUCCCUGAGUCUCCGGUUGUCAGCUUUGCAGCUAGAGAUUUGAUAAGGAACUUGCUUGUGAAGGAGCCACAGCAUAGGUUAGCUUACAAGCGUGGAGCAACAGAGAUUAAGCAGCAUCCUUUCUUUGAAGGAGUGAACUGGGCUUUGGUUAGGUGUGCUAGUCCGCCUGAGAUUCCUAAACCGGUUGAUCUCGAACCGGUGAAUUGUAGUCCUUCUGUAGUACCAGCUGCUGCAUCUACAAGCGUCAGAACUGAUCAGAGCAAUUAUCUCGAGUUUGAUUUCUUCUGAAUGUGUUCUUGCAAGAAACUGUGGACACGAUUUGAUGAUGAUGCCUCUUAUUGUUUCUUUGCAAAUUCUUCAGAAUCUGUUUAGUGUUUUUCUUUUUUUCUUUUCACGUGUUGAACAAGUUAUGAGAUUUGUAUCAUUCUUCAACAAUCUGAGACAGUCUCUGUACCACAUCUUCUGAAGUUAAAAUGUUAUUAGACACCAACCA